AUGUAAGAGUAAGUUGAAGAUUUUGUAUAUAUGCAUGUAGAAGAAUGGGGAAUAGAAAUUGAAUAAAUUAUUAUUAAAGAUAUUACUAUGGAAUAAAAUUUAGCUAGUUAAUUAGAAGUAGCGACUAAAGAAAGAAGAUUAGCGAAAGCAAAAAUUCUAAACGCAAAAGUAGAUGUAGAAUCUGCAAAACAAUAAAGAUUAGCAGCUGAUUAUAUGGAUUCAAAAGCUGCGAUGUAAAUUAGAUAUUUAAAUACUCUGGAAAAAAUUGCUACUAAAAGCAAAAUUGUUUAUUUAUCAGAAUGA